AUGGACCCCAACUGCACCUGCUCCUCCGGUGGCGCCUGUACCUGCGUGGGCCCUUGUAAGUGCAAAAACUGCAAAUGCUCCUCCACCAAGAAAAGUUGCUGCCCCUGCUGCCCUGUGGACUGUGCAAAGUGUGCCCAGGGCUGUGUGUGCAAAGGAGCAUCAGACAAGUGCAGCUGCUGUGCCUGA